AAUGAGUCCAUAAGCGAUGAUAAGUGAGGAGGGUUGAGAAUUAAAACGUGUCUGCGAUUACAGGGGGCAAGCGGUGCUGCUGCUGAAUCCUCUUCUGAAGAAAGAUAAGGCAACCAAGAAUUGUGGAGCACCCAGCAGGCAGCAGGGAAUUUGAAAGUUGUUUCUCAAUGGAGCUGACUCUGCCUACCCCCUUCUCCACCUCCUUCCCCAAGAUAAUUAGGGGUCCUAAGCCCAUCAAUCUUGGUCUCUGCUCUUUGGAUUCGAAUCCUCUUUUAGCUGAUGUUAAACUACAAGGAGGAAAAAGAACAUUGACUGUAGCUUCUUCCCUACCCGAAACAGCAGCUUCUGUUGCCAUUGCUGCUACAGUUGUAGGUGCCGCAGCCACCCUCCUUUCCAGAAGAAACAAAGCUUCUGAGGCAGAGGAGAUUCCUUUGAGAACAUGUGAAGAUUGUGGUGGUUCAGGCUUAUGCUCUGAAUGCAAAGGUGAAGGGUUCGUUCUUAAGAAACUGUCAGAUGAAAAUGCAGAGAGGGCGAGGCUGGCUGCAAAAAACAUGGCGACUCGAUUCACCGCGGCGCUUCCUAAAAAGUGGAGCUACUGUUCCAAGUGCUCUUCUGCUCGUUCUUGUACUACUUGUGGUGGCAGUGGGACGUUGAACUCUUAGUUUUAAUUUGCUCAAAUCAUCUCAGAAAUGCUCUUUUUAAUGUAAGUUUGACUUUAACUUUAUCCUUUUAUGAGCUUGCUCGACCAGUUGCAAGCUAUAGCAAUGUAAAUAGUAACACGUUGUGUGUGAAAUUUUGAGUACUUUUAGUAUAUUGAAGAAGUGUAGGCUAGGAAAAAACCUUAAUAUUUGCUGACUGUAAUCUUCCUAUUCUUCCAUUCUACAGCAAUGUCAAUGAAAAAUUUAUUCGCAUUAACAUUCUUCAAA